UCAUGGACCUUGUAUUCCAGGCUGUGUUCUUUUGCCGGGGGCGGGCGCAGCCACAACAUGCGUGGGAGGCGACAGGUCGCGACGGCAGCGACAGGUGGCAGUUGGGGGUGGUGGCUGAAUCCUAAAGGGCUUUCCAACCCUUGUUUUAAGGAGUGGAGAUACGAUUCCCGCAGACUUCAUCUUCUGUUCCUCUUCUCUCCUCUGGGAUCUGAGACACCCCUGGGUCCGCCAUAAAGGCGGGGCUUGAAGCCCCCGGGUUGGGGAGAGCUAUGCUGUCCCUCCUCCGGCGAUGAUGUCAUUGCCCCCCCUCCGCAGCCUCUUGCUGCCCUGAGCUGCCGGGGCUGGGUCACCCCUCCCCCAACGCCAGCCCCGGAUUCCCCCAUCCCCGCACCGCCUCGACUUGGGGUGAGUACGGGGGAGGGGGAGAAGGCUCGGGUAUUGGGGGCGGUAAGACGGCCCAGAUCCCAGUUUGGGAGGCGGGAUACCCAGGAGAUGAAGACUCAAAAAUUACAGCGGAGAGAUUCUUCCUUAAUAACGAGGUUUGGGGGCCAAGGUUUUUGGAGGGUUUGGGGAACCCAAGUUCCUAGGCAGAGUCUCCGUAUUUUCAGCUUUGGUGUUCGGGAGACCCCGUUUCCUAGAACUGAUAGGAAUGGAGGCGGAGGAACGAUCCUGGGGUCCUAGAAAUUGGGAAGCGGGAUACCCUUUUCCAAUUCCAGGGCCUUGGAGAAUGGGGGAGGGUAAGUUAAAAGAGGGCGCCUAGGAUGACGGAGGUGGGAGUUUGGAGCUUUCAGGAAUUUCAGGGAAAGAUUAGGUUGGGAAGGAGGAGAAAAGAGAAAGGUCUGAAGGGGAGGACAGAUAUUGGCCUACACCCUACUAGUGUCUAUGGCCAAAAAAUAGAGUCCACUUCCCUCUGGUCUGUCUGCAAAGGCUGGGCGUCCCAUAGCUGGAGCCUACAUUAUGCCUCCAGAAGCCUACCCCACGGAUACAGAAUCCAGGCUCACAAAUCCCCCCACAUAACCUAGUGGGGUCUGGGGAGGGCCAUGAGGGAGUGAUGGCAUUCAUUUUUCCCAGGGCCUGAUGGAGUCUGGACUAUCCUGUUACUCCUUGCCCUGGGGCCUCCUUCCUGCUCCUAUGGUCUUUAAUCUGGAGUCUCACCCCUAUUUCAGCCUCCUCCCUCUCCUUCACACCUUCUCCACAUCUUCUGACCUCCGCAAAAAUCGCUGGUUUGGUAACUUGAUCCCGUGCCUGACUGCUGUCAAAAGCAGAAGAGAAAAGUAAAGUUGGGGGGAGGGGAGAGGAUAUAAAGGAGCAUGGCUGAUUUAGGUCCUUAUUCUAGCCCCUACUCCCACUCCUAAGGCCUACCCAACUCCUCCUCCAGUCACCACCCUCACACCCGACUUGCUCAGAAACCUUACCCAACCCAAGCCUCAGCCUAAGUCCAGUCCCUCACCUCAAGACUCACUGCUUCUGCCUGGGGAUACACCAGAAUUCUGGGCAGAGAGGAGUAGGAGGCUCCGAUGUCUCUUCUCUGCCUUUCUGGGUCCCAUCGGGGGCUUUAGGACUGCUCACGGAUACUGGAUUCAGGAUACUGAAUCGGGGGCAGCGGGGGAGCCCAGGGUCUAGGGGGUGAGGGAAGCUACCUCCCUGGUCUGCAAGACGGGCCUCACUUCUGCAACUCUCUCCGCAGUGACGCAGCCUCGAGUCCUGGCCAGGAUGGGGAUUAGAGGGUGUGAUGGGGGGGGGGGGGGGUCAGAGACCAAAUGACAGCAGGACAAAGUCCCAAAGAAGUGGGGACAGAGACUCAGAAGGGGGCAAAAGAGACACAGGGAGCGAGGAUAGAGACCCAAAUAGGGGCACAGAGAAAAAGAAAGGGCAGAAAGAGAAAAGGCACUUACAAGGGAGGGAAAGUGGUGGAGGAGAGGAAAAAGAUACUGGGAGGGAGGUUGUAAGAGAACAAGAGCAAGGGGGACAGAAAGGCAAGAUGAAUGGGCAGAGAAGGGGGUGGGGAGUAGAGAUUGGGAGAGGGGAGUGGAGGACAGAGACACAAAGAAGACAGAGGGUUGGAGGGAACAGAGACCCAGAGAGUGGGAGACAGGGUCCUAGAACAAGGGGGACUGCGACCCAGAGAAGGGGCAGAUUGGCGAGGAGGGGCGGGGAGGGGGUAGUGGAGGUUAGAGACACAAAGAGGACGGAUAGAGACAGGGAGGGGACAGAGGCCCAGAGAUAGAGGCAAAUCCUUGAGAAAAAGGUACAGAAACCAGGAGAAAGAGACUGGGAAUAGGGGGGAAAGAGACACAAUUGGGGGAGAGGAUGGGGGCAAAGACUCAGAGGAGAGGGACACCUUCAGAGAACCAUGGGACAGAGACCCAGAGGGAGGGUAGAGACUUGUAAGAGGGGCCAGAGUCUCAGAGUGGUGAGGGCAGAGACGAAGGGACAAAUACUCAGAGAAAGGGGAGAGAAAGACAUCGAGAGACACAGAAACGGGAGCGGGGGGUGGGUGGGUAGGCGAUACGAACCAGCCGCCGCACCUGCAGAGGGAGGCGGCGGGCCAGGGAUAGUGCCGCGGGAGGAAGCCCGCAGCCCCUGACCCACCCCCUUCGCUCCCGCAGGCACCGCCUCCUCCCGCCGCAGCCCGGGCAGCAGCCGCUGGCCCCGCCCCAGCGCCUGCGCCCUGCUACUCGGCGUCUGGCCAGCUAAGGGGGCGGGGCCGGACACGCCCUUCAUAUAGCCCCGCCCCAAACCUCCCUCUCUCCCCUCCCACGGGGACUCCCGGACACCUAGCCCCGCCCCAUUUUUUCAUUGGUCCUGCUUAUUUCCUAGCCUUCGUAGCGCUUAGGUUUUUCCCCUCCGCCGCCCUUAAGACUCCCUCUUCACCAGUCCUCAUUUAUCCUUUGGUCUCCAGUCUGCAGUUCGCUGUUGUGUAGACUUGGUCCCUUUUUCAUCAGCAGUUGGAAGUUCUUGUAUCGCCCUCUAAAAGCCCCACUGACUCUUAUGAUUCUCUCCCAGUUUCUGAGCCCCAAGACUCCCCAUUCCAGGUCCCACCCUUCCAACCAGCCCAGUAUCUUUGUACCCUGCAGAUCUCACCUUUCCCAUAGUGUACCCAUUAUCCGUUCUCUACUCUCAACCCAGCCCCACCCCGCCUAGCCUGGUUCCUUACAAGCCUCUUAGAACCAUACUCCCGCCUUCCCACAGCGCCCUUCAAGAGGUUUUCUACCAUUCGUAGACCCCGCCCACCUUCUUCAGAUCCGUUCCAUCCAUCCUGACUCUCAUUUUCCCGGCCCAGCACUGUCUAACCAGGACAGGUUUGCAGCUCCGGUCCCUCCUCUUCCUUACUUUGCCCCCUUUCUUAGUCCUAGCCAGACGCUCUCAGGUUUCCAGGCCUCGCUUACGUGCGCUCCUCCUCACUGGGUCUCAGUCCCUAUUCCAGCCUAGUGCCAGUCUCGCCAAAGUACUCUACAUUUCCAGUUCCCGCCCCUCGUUUAGUCUCGCCCCCUCACUCUCCCAGGCCAAUUAGGACUGCUCGUAACUUUCUCAGGGCCCUGCCUCUCCUUAUGAUCCGCCCUGUGGCGACAAAGCGAAGUUAGGGGCCCAAGCCGACUGUCUCCAUCCGCCCUUCCCCACCGGGUCCUGCUUGCCAGCUCUCUGUCCAGUCAGGACCGUCUCCUCCAUGCCAGUCAGAAGUCUUUAAAUAGUUUGGACGUGUCCCCUUCCUCUGCUGCACCCAUUCCUUUUUUCAGUUCACUUAGAUCUCAUAUCUGGUCCCACCUCCUCUGUUUUCCUUGCGCAGUCCAGCCCCUCAGCUUCAGUUGUCGGUCCCGCCCCCUAACGCCUAGCUCCGCCCGCCCCUUCUCUCAGAAAGAUCCAAUCGGUGUGCUUCACCUGCAGCCCCGCCCCGUCCAGCUAGGCUGUGCCGAGUCUCCGACCUUCUCCCUGCCUGAGCCCCGCCCCACCUCCCCCAGGCCAAUCAGUUCUGUACCUCCCCUACAGCGGCCCCGCCCCCUUCCCUCGUCGUCUCCUCCACCCAAUCCUGUCUGCCUCUCCCCCUGAGGCCCCGCCCCCUACUCCCCGCCCCUCUCGCCCCGCCCCCCGUCCAAUGCUGAGCUCAGUCUGCGUCUCGUCCUUCCGCGGGCGCCAGGGGGCCAGCAAGCAGCAGCCGGCACCACCGCUGCAGCCGCCCGAGUCCCCGCCGCCGCUUCCUCCGCCGCCGUCACCGCCGCCGCUGCAGCAGCAGCAGUCUGCGCAGCCCGGCCCCGCCGCGUCCUCGGCGGGCCCCCCGGCACCUCGCGGGCCCGGGGGCCGGCGCGCCGAGCCAUGCCCCGGGCUGCCGGCGGCGGCCAUGGGGCGGCACGGCGGCGGCGGUGGCGACAGCGGCAAGAUCGUGAUCAACGUGGGCGGCGUGCGCCAUGAGACGUACCGCUCGACGCUGCGCACCCUGCCGGGGACGCGGCUGGCCGGCCUGACGGAGCCCGAGGCGGCGGCGCGCUUCGACUACGAUCCCGGCGCUGACGAGUUCUUCUUUGACCGGCACCCGGGAGUCUUCGCCUACGUGCUCAACUACUACCGCACAGGCAAGCUGCACUGUCCGGCCGACGUGUGCGGGCCGCUUUUCGAGGAGGAGCUCGGCUUCUGGGGCAUCGACGAGACCGACGUGGAGGCCUGCUGCUGGAUGACCUACCGGCAGCACCGCGACGCCGAAGAGGCGCUCGACUCCUUUGAGGCUCCGGACCCAGCGGGCGCAGCCAACGCCGCCAACGCCGCCGCCCACGACGCGGGCCUGGACGACGAGGCGGGUGCGGGCGGCGGCGGCUUGGACGGCGCGGGAGGAGAGCUCAAGCGCCUCUGCUUCCAGGACGCGGGCGGCGGCGCCGGGGGGCCGCCAGGGGGCGCGGGCGGCGCAGGCGGCACGUGGUGGCGCCGCUGGCAGCCCCGUGUGUGGGCGCUCUUCGAGGACCCCUACUCGUCGCGGGCCGCCAGGUAUGUGGCCUUCGCCUCCCUCUUCUUCAUCCUCAUCUCCAUAACCACCUUCUGCCUGGAGACCCAUGAAGGCUUCAUCCAUAUCAGCAACAAGACGGUGACCCAGGCCUCCCCAAUCCCCGGGGCUCCACCAGAGAACAUCACCAAUGUGGAGGUGGAGACGGAGCCCUUCCUGACCUAUGUGGAGGGCGUGUGCGUGAUCUGGUUCACCUUCGAGUUCCUUAUGCGUGUCACCUUCUGCCCGGACAAGGUGGAAUUUCUCAAGAGCAGCCUCAACAUCAUUGACUGCGUGGCCAUCUUGCCCUUCUAUCUCGAGGUAGGCCUGUCGGGCCUCAGCUCCAAGGCCGCCAAGGAUGUGCUGGGCUUCCUGCGGGUCGUCCGCUUCGUGCGCAUCCUUCGCAUCUUCAAGCUCACGCGCCAUUUUGUGGGGCUGCGCGUGCUGGGCCACACGCUCCGCGCCAGCACCAACGAGUUCCUGCUGCUCAUCAUCUUCCUGGCGCUGGGCGUGCUCAUCUUCGCCACCAUGAUCUACUACGCUGAGCGCAUCGGCGCGGACCCCGAUGACAUCUUGGGCUCCAACCACACCUACUUCAAGAACAUCCCCAUUGGCUUCUGGUGGGCCGUGGUCACCAUGACGACCCUGGGCUACGGAGACAUGUAUCCCAAGACGUGGUCAGGGAUGCUGGUCGGGGCCCUGUGUGCCCUGGCCGGGGUGCUCACCAUCGCCAUGCCCGUGCCCGUCAUCGUCAACAACUUUGGCAUGUACUACUCGCUGGCCAUGGCCAAGCAGAAGCUGCCCAAGAAGAAGAACAAACAUAUCCCCCGACCCCCGCAGCCCGGCUCUCCCAAUUACUGCAAGCCUGACCCUCCCCCACCGCCCCCGCACCACGCCCACCACGGCAGCGGCGGCAUCAGCCCCCCGCCCCCCAUCACCCCACCUUCGGUGGGGGUGACUGUGGCUGGGGCCUACCCACCCGGCCCCCAUACGCACCCCGGGCUGCUCAGGGGGGGAGCGGGUGGGCUCGGGAUCAUGGGGCUGCCUCCUCUGCCAGCUCCUGGGGAGCCUUGCCCUCUGGCUCAGGAGGAAGUCAUUGAGAUCAACCGGGCAGAUCCCCGCCCCAAUGGGGACCCCGCUGCAGCUGCGCUUGCCCAUGAGGACUGCCCAGCCAUCGACCAGCCCGCCAUGUCCCCGGAAGACAAGAGCCCCAUCACCCCUGGGAGCCGAGGCCGCUAUAGCCGGGACCGAGCCUGCUUCCUCCUCACCGACUAUGCCCCUUCCCCUGAUGGCUCCAUCCGGAAAGGUUACGAGAAAUCCCGCAGCCUGAGCAGCAUCGCGGGCCUGAGUGGGGUGUCCCUGCGCCUCGCGCCCCUUGCCACUCCCCCGGGCUCUCCCAGGGCCGCUCGCCGCGCUCCCCCAACCCUGCCCUCCAUCCUCUAGCGCUCCCCUCCCCCCUGUGGGGGGACUCGGGGGUGACAGGGAAGAAGGUCAAAGGAGGUGGGGGUGGGGGAAAGGGUUUUUUUUUUUAAAUCAAAAAGUCAUUAAUAAUAUGCAACUGAGACGACGACGCCAGCAGACACCCCCGGACCCCUCACCCCCACCUGGGCCCCCAGGAUGGAGGGGGAGGAGCCAAAGUCCAGCCCCCCCAACUCUCUACCCUCCCCCCCAAUAAAGCCUUCUCAGGUCUCCAUGAGCCAUAGGACAUCCCGCUCCCAUAAACUCCUGUAAAUAUGUCCAAAUUAUGCCAAUUAUAUUUUGGGGCACCUCUCCCCUACUCUG